AUGGCCUUGAUGUGUAAUUGGCCUACAUUUCUUUCAGCUAUGAGCCGUUGGGAUUUGUCUAACACAAUAGGUCAUCCUGUUGCAAUCACGGAGAGCCAUGCAAAACCGUGGGCUGACUUGACAGGACCGGGUCCGUAUGAUUCGGCACUACGGCAACAGGAGUUUUCUCGAGCGGAAAGAAUUCAUACAUUUGGCAUACCGAUUGACACGCCCGAAGCGGCGACUGCAUCCACCAACAAGAUUCACACUGCGUCUACUGGUCCCAUCACACCAAUUGAUGAUCUUUACACCGAUGCUCACGGAAAGAGUUCUCCCUGGCCAGUGGAUACAGAUCUCUUCGAUACGCGCGGCGGACUCGUGCUCGAUCGUUUGAGCGGAGUGAAGAGUCGAGAACAACAAUCAAUACAUCAGGAGGUAGAGGAAGCAACACAGUUGGAUGUUUUGCAUUCAAGGUUUCACAUGGAACCUCCUAAUUGGCUUGAAGUGCAUCUCUUUGAUGCUCCUUCCUCGGACGCCCACAUGGAAAACCUUGGGGAAGGGACAUGGGAACCCCUCGAAGGCCAGCUCCAGAGCCCAGGAUAUUACAGCGAAUUGACCAAUGUCUUAAGCCAGAUUCCAUCGAUCAAGGGAGAUCCGCCGUCGUGGCUCGACCUGCUCAGGGCAGACGACUCCAAUGGAGGUCUGCACAAUGAUGGCUUUCCAUCAAAAAGUUCCUACGAUAGCAUCACAGGGCUUAGGAGUCACUCAGAAGUGCACAAUGAUUACACUCAUGACCCUUUGUCAUUUUUCAAUAUACCUCACAUUCCGUUCUCACGAUCAUUAUCAGGCAAUCAUAUUCCUGCCGAGCAUGCAUUGGAAGCUCCAGACAAUAAUUUUGCUCCUAUGCUGCGACACAGCGAGAGAGUUGAUACCUCUUUUGACUCUCAAAUGGUCAACACCGAACCCAAACCAAUUUCGCGCAGCGCUCCAUCGCAAGAUCCUUCUUCUCCUACCAUUUCUUCUGUCGCAAACGGAAGACAGCCUCUUGAAGCUCUUGGACAUGCUUUCAAUCAUCUCGCCUAUGGACUACCUCGAGGCACAGAGCCUAUAUCACAUAUUUCAGAGGCAAAGGUGUCAGACUCGUCUACAAACUCUCAUUACUCAUCCAUAGGUACUGAAAUCCAUACCUCGGAUUCACCAACUCCCCCGAAUGGGAAGCCCUUGCGGUUACAAUCCAACCCCUCUGCAACUUCAUUGCUCUCCUCUAAAAGAAACUUUAACUCAAAACUCAAACCGCAUGGAAAUGAAGGGCGUAUAUCUCAUGAUCCAGUAUUAGAUCAUCAAACAAAAAUUAAAGCUAUACAAAAAUAUUACGGAAAAGCUUGGUAUCGAGAAAUCUUGAAAAAGAAGGCAUUAUUGGACAACUCUGAAGAUAACCUUGGUCAGGAAUUUCUAUCAAAUCCCGAUCAUCAACCAAUUUCACCUAGAGAAUUGAUUGAUUCUACGUAUCAGCCUAAAAUUCUUGAAUUUAUAAACUCAUUCUCACAAGAUCGUAUCCAUGAGCUUGAUUCACCGUUUCUCAAAGAAAACAUGGGUAUAGCUUUGGAUAAUUACUUGGAAAUCUUAACCAUCUGUUCUGAAGUUGUUUGGUCUCUUGGUUUAAAUACAAAGAUGGAAGACGAUGUUCGUGAUGGUUACGAGUGGAUAAUGGAUGAAUUAGCUAGACUUCCACAAAGGCAAUCCGAGGGAUCAACAAAUGAUGGAGACAGGCAUCCAUCUGAAACACCAAUUCCAGAUACGAAUGAUUUUGCAAAAACGUUUGAUAGUCUUUCUGUAUAUGAUGGUACUGUAUUUUGGUUAUCUUAUAGAGUACUUGAAAGAAAACGGGAAAGAGUGGGAGCUAAGUAUGUCUUAGAAUUUAUGUGUCAAAAACGAAGCCAUUGGAUCAAAUAUCUAACUCCUCACACCGCUAACAAAUUAUAUGUCAAAACUUUAUUGAUGUUAUCAAAAAGGAUUUAUUUUCAUUUCAUUUCUCAUGUUUGCUAUGGCACAGUUCCCGAGUCUUACUGCGAGAUCAUUUAA